ACUGUGUUUACAUUUUACACACCUAUUCCUGCGAGGCUUUUAAUUUCGCGUCUGCUCGCGACGGCAGUUCGUUUAGAGUUCACUGAACCGUAUUUAGGGGGAUUAUGUCAAAGAUGUUUGUGCUGUUAGCUACCUGGAGAAUAAGGAACUAGGACACCUAGCCUCCUGUAGUCUGUCGAUGGCAUGACAAAUUAAACAGAAAUGUCUACCAAAUGAUUGCUGUGAGGUUGCAUUCAAAAGCCCAGAGACUCCAGGCCCCUAAUACUUUGUAUAGCAAAGAUAACGAGCUUAAAAUGUUAUAAACGAGGCAACACAACCCCAGCUAAACAGACAUGUUGUCCACGGAAUUAUGUACGUUUUCAUGAGUAUGUUUCUUAUACCGACAUCAGAAAAGGAUAUCUAAAGAAAAGCGUUUGGUAACAAUUAUUUUUGAUUCAACAACUGAUUUGGGUCAACUAUUACCUGUACGCUCUGUUUCUGUGUGCUAGCACUAUAUUAUAUACUUUCAAAUAGCUAUUUAUCUUCAGAUUCAAGCCCAUUAGCUUUAAAUUAGUUUUUGAUGUGUAUUAUUCAUUUAAUGCGUUUUAUGAAAAAUGCAUGGUUAAAUGUAAAACUAGAAAAUAUCAUUGAAUGUUUAAAUGUUGACGAAUCAAAAGGAAAUGAGUUGUAUAGUGAACAACAGUAACCUGCUAGGAAACAUUCAAGGACAGAUAACAUGGUAUUUGUGACAAAUGAAAUGACAAAAAAGGUGCACAUUGAUAUGCACUAAAAACAAUUGAAGGCAACAUAGUAGUUGGACCACUCUAUGAUAUUAGUGACUACAUUAUUUGUGUGAGUUUUGAAACAAAGUCGUAAAUACAAACUGAGAUACGAUAAUUAUUCUGUGUUAAUCAUUUGAAACUGUUUUACACUUCAGUUCACCUACAUCUCACUGAACCAUGUGUGCUGUCACUUUUUUAAUUAUAUAUUUAAUUUAUUUCAUAAAUAAAACCAUUUUUUUCUGAAUUUGUAUUUGGUAUAGUAUUUUUCUGAACUACACUCUUUUUCCAUUUCUCCUUCUCCCUGCCUCUAACCUGGUUUUGGAUUGUCGACAAAAACCUUCAACUUUGACAUGAUUGGCUACCAUGACAACAGAGGCAAGUGCAGUGAGUGAGGCCGACACUGAGAGCAAACAGAAGGCCAGUGGCGCAGAGCCCGAACCAGAACCUGAACCAGAACCAGAGAACAAACAGAAGCCGGCGGCGGCGACGUCCGAGUCGGAGGGGGAGCAGUCGAAUAAGGAGGGCCAGGAGCAGACCUCCGAGCCUGGGCCUGCUGACGUAGCUACCUCCCCUGAGGAGGAGCAGCUGAAGCCUCGCACCCGGACCUCUGCUGGCAAGGGCCUGUCUCGCCUCUUCUCCUCUUUCCUCAAACGCCGUUCACAAUGCUCUGAGGGAGAGGGGUUCGAAGCCGAGAAAGCUAAGGAGGAUAAGGCAGACAAGGAGGAAAAAUCAGACGAGGCAAAAGAGGAGACGAAAGAAGAGCUGAAAAGUGAGGAGAAAGAGGCUAAGGCGGAAGAGAAAAGAGCAGAGGUAAAAGAAGUGGAAAAGAAGGAAGAAAAAGAACCAAAAGAGGAAAAAGAAAAGGUCGAAAAGAAGGGCAGUAAAAAGAAAAAGAAAGACGCCAAGAAGAAACAAGAAAAAAAGGAGGAGGAGAAAGUUAAAAGCGAUGAGGAGAAACGGAAAAGUGAUGAAGACAAAGUAAAAAACGUCGAGGAGAAAAAAGAAAAGGUGAAAAGCGACGAGGAGAAAAAGGAACAGGAAAAAGUGAAAAAAGAAGAGGAGUCAAAGGAAGAGGAGAAAGCAGGGGCGACUGUAGAAAAGAAGGAGGAACAGUUGGAGACAAAAGAAGAAGAAAAGAAAGAUACCGCUGAAGUUAAAGACAAGGAGGAAGAAGCCGCAAAGAAAGAAAGUAAAGAUGAGGACAAAAAGGUUGUAAAGAAAAAAGAAAAGGAUGAUAAGGUAAAGAGAAGGGAAGACGAAAAAGCUAAGCGGAAAGCAGAAGAAGAAGAAAGGGUAAAGAAGAGGGAAGAAGAGAAAGCAAAGAAGAGAGAGGAAGAAAAGGCAAGAGAGGCCGAAAAAGCUAAAAAGAAAGAAGAGGAAAAAGCUAAGAAAAAGGAGGAGGAGAAAGCAAAAGAAGAAAAGGCUAAAAAGAAAGAAGAGGAGAAAGCAAAAGAAGAGAAGACAAAAAAGGAGGAGGAGAAAGCAAAAGAAGAGAAGACAAAAAAGGAGGAGGAGAAAGCAAAAGAAGAGAAGACAAAAAAGGAGGAGGAGAAAGUAAAAGAAGAGAAGACCAAAAAGAAAGAAGAGGAAAAAACAAAAGAAGAGAAGACUAAAAAGAAAGAAGAUGAAAAAACAAAAGAAGAGUUAAAAAAGAAAGAGGAUGACAAGGUGAAGGAAGAGGUCAAGAAGAAAGACGAGGAGGAAAAGACAGGAGAAAAGCAAAAAAAAGAGGAGGAAAAGGGGAAGAAAAAGGAAAAAGGAAAGAAAAAAGGAAAGAAGGAGGUGAAAGGGCCGAGUGAGGAGCAGGUAAAGGCACCGAUUGCAGCUCCAGAGCCGGAGCUAAAAACUGAGCCAGACACUGAACAGGCUCCUGAUCAGCACUCGAUAAGCAGCGCAGAGACACAGCAGGAGCAAAAGGAAGAGGCUGCGAUAAAGAAGGAGCCUGAAGUUGUGGAGGAAGUGAAGGAGGAGGACACAGAGAAAAAAGAGGAAGAACCCGCAAAACAGGAGAAAGAAGUCAAAGGAGAGGAGAAAACAAAGGAGAAGACAAAGGAAAAGGCAAAAGAGAAGACAAGGGAGAAGACAAAGGAAAAGGCAAAGGAGAAGACAAAGGUGGAGGAGAAGAAGGAGAAGCCUGUAAAAGAGAAGAAGACAAAGGAAGAAGAGGCUCAAGGCCCCAAACGUCAGAAAACCAUGCAAUGCAAAGUCACCUUACUGGACGACACUCAGUUUGAGUGCGAGCUUGAUAAACAUGCUAAAGCCCAAGAACUUCUUACAAAGGUGUGCGACCAUGUCAACCUGCUGGAGAGGGAUUACUUUGGCCUCGCCCACUGGGAAAACCCAACCACCUGUACAUGGAUGGAGUCUACCAAAGAGAUCCGGAAACAGGUUUCAGGUGCCGUGUAUGAGUUUACAUUCAGCGUCAAGUUCUACCCUCAUGAUCCAGCCCAGCUGACUGAGGACCUCACCAGGUACUUUCUGUGUGUCCAGCUGAGGAAGGACAUUAUGCGAGGUGUUCUUCCCUGUUCCUUUGUCACACUGUCCAUGCUGGGCUCCUACACAGCCCAGUCAGAGCUCGGAGAGUAUGACCCAGAGCUCCAUGGUGAGGAUUAUGUAAGUGAACUGAGCCUGGCCCCAGGACAGAGCAAAGAGCUGGAGGAGAAGGUGAUGGAGCUGCACCGCACAUACAGGGCGAUGACCCCAGCCCAGGCAGACUUGCUGUUUCUGGAAAACGCCAAGAAACUCGCCAUGUACGGAGUUGACUUGCACCAAGCUAAGGAUCUUGAUGGCGUCGACAUCAUGCUCGGGGUUUGCUCUAGUGGUCUGAUGGUUUACAAGGACAAGCUGAGGAUUAACCGUUUCCCUUGGCCCAAAGUUCUCAAGAUUUCUUACAAACGCAGCAGCUUCUUUAUCAAAAUCAGGCCAUCAGAGCAAGAGCAGUAUGAAAGCACCAUUGGCUUUAAACUGCCCAACUACAAAGCCUCAAAGAAGCUUUGGAAAGUUUGCGUUGAAAACCAUACCUUCUUCAGAGUUCCAACAGUGGAGCCACCCUCAUCACGGCGCUUCCUCGUCCUGGGCUCUAAGUUCCGGUACAGCGGGCGCACUCAGGCCCAGACCCGCCAGGCCAGCUCAUUGAUUGACCGCCCAGCCCCUCGCUUCACACGCUCGGCGAGCAAGAGGCUUUCCCGUAACCUGGAUGGAGCUGGAGAUAAAACUCUCCAGCUCCUGCAACAACCCUCAUCAUCCACCAUGUCUGAGGUGGAUGAUUGGUCGCUGAUGCUGACAUCUGACAAACCCCAGCCUUCUCCUGAAUUCCCAGCCAGAGGGGAGUCUGAGAAGAUUUCCAUUCAGGAGGAGGGGCAGUCGGUUCACACAGAAACAUGGCAGACUGAGACUGAGACUGAGACUGGGCAGACUGGCUCUCAAACCAUCACCCAGUCAGUCAGUCGGCUGUGGCCAGAGCUUGGAUCUGACGAACAACAGCAGAGGAGAACAGAGGACGAGUGGUCUGCCCUGUUCAGGCGUUAUCCUCCUUUCCCCUUUUUCCCACCUUUUGAUUUUGCUAAACAGCCAGCUAAGUUCAGCUUGGCAGAAAUGAGCUCUAUGGACCAACUAUUACAACCAGCACUGAAACAACCAGAUGAUUGGUUCCUUUGCUUUGACCGAAUCAUCAGCAUGUCCUCACUUGGGCAUGUUAACAAACUAUUGUCACGCCAAGCUCAGUUCCUGGAAGAGGAGGAGCAGGGCUUGCAUAUGGCGGAUCAAGAACUGACCAGUGAGGAAGUCUUUGAGAGUCUGCAGGAAACUGAGAUCUUGUUAGGCGAGCUGAGAAUGGCCGAUGUUUUGGAAUGGAAGCUGAGGGAAGUUAGGGGUUUAGAGGAAAGACUGCAAGAAAUGGAUGAGGUGGCAGAGCGACUUCAGGAAGUAAUAGAAGAGGAACUGGGAAAGGAAGAGGUAGAACAGUUAAGAGAGGAGGGAGAUUUGGAGCAGGGAAACGGAAUACAGGUUGAGCAUAUAACAGAAAGAGUUUUAAAGAAAUCUGUGAAGUUAACAGUGGCAAAGGAGGAUGCAGUGGAUGAAUUGGAAGAGCAGAUAAAGCAGGUGUUUUUAAAAGGUAUAUUACCUGAAGAGGAAGAGGCCCAGGUACAGCAGGAGAGUGAAGAAGACGUGACGGGAGAGAGUCAGUCUGAUGACCGCUUGAGAGAGGAGCUGUGCCAGAUAGAAAGGAAAUGGCAAGACGAGAUGGAGGAGAAGUUGGAGGCUGGAUCUUCAGACGUCACUUCAGUGGUACCGUACCAGACAGUGGAGCGUAGGACAAAGAAGAGAGUGACGAUUGUAAGACAUAGAGUGCAGAUGCACGAGGAGAUUGAAGAUGUGCUUGCACUGCGUGGUGUAAUGUCAGAGGAGAAGCUAGAAAAUGAGGGCACAUGGCGUAAGACGGUCAUACUGCAGGCGAAAACUGAGGGAGAAGUUCUAGAGAGGCUUCAGGCUGACAGUCAUAGUCAGGGCGCCGAUGGAGAUGUUUGGUUCAUCGUUUUUGAUCGGCCUCUGUACAAGGCUGUUUCCAAACCACCAGUUAUUCCUGUGGACCGUGCUCAGGUGGAAGAAGGUGAAUAUUUCUCCUCAGAGACUGUUGUUACGACAGCUGAGGAGAAAACUGAGCUUAAAGUCGCAGAGAGACAGACAAGUGAAGAGGAAAUAAGGCGUAUACCAGAGAUCCCCCCACCGCAGACCGUCACUGAAAGAAAUGAUGACUGGUUUGUGUUGCUGGAUGUUGUUUCCAGGGAAACACUCUAUGUGCCACCAGUGUCGGUCAAAGUAAGAGACCACAUUGGUGCAGAAAGUGUUGUCUAUGUGGGUGGAACUGCGACUGAUGAGGAGAUUAAAGAAGUUGUUUCUGAGGAGAAAAAGAUAAUAGAAGUGGCGCCAAGACUUCAAGAAAUCCCACAACAACCAGUAAUAGCCAGAGAUGAUGAUUGGUUUGUGUUGCUGGACGUUGCUCUCAGAACAUCCACAUAUGUACCACCAGUUACAUUGAAGGGGAGAGACCAGACGGUUGCAGAGAGUUUUGUCUCUCUGGGUGGAACUGCGGUCAAGGAGGAGCUUAGGGAAGUAGUUUCUGAAGAGAGAAAGAUAAUAGAGGAGGUGCCAAGACAUCUACAAGACAUCCCACAACAGCCAGUGACACACAGAGAAGAUGACUGGUUUGUGUUGCUGGACCCUGUUCCCAGAGAAACAGCAUAUGUUCCACCAGUUGCUGUUGCAGAAGGUGUUAAAGUGUCCCCAGAAGAACGUGUCACUCAGGUUAAAAUCACAACUAUUGAGUGGAGUGAGGAAAAAGCGGAAGUCGUGGUAGAAGAAAUAAAACAAGUGUUUGGAGAACAGCAAGUAGUAGCACUGCCGCGGGCUGUGAGAGAAGUAGAAGAUGACUGGUUUGUGCUGCUGGAUGUUGCCGCUAGAGAAUCAUCGUAUGUGCCUCCAGUUACAAAGGACGCUCAGGUUUAUACUGAAGAAAAACAAUCUUCUGUGACUGAAACAAUAACAGUAGAGUCCAGGAAGGAAGUCUUUGUGAAAGAGACGGUGGUGCAGGUGGAAGACAGAGGACAGCAGGAAGUUUCCGGGCCACUCAGAGAAAGAGAGGAUGACUGGUUAAUCCUGCUGGAUGCUGUUCCCAAAGAAAGUGCCUAUGUACCUCCAGUUUCUCUGGUGGCACCGAUCCACAUUUAUCCCAGUGUUCAACCUCAGCAAGUCGAAGUCAUAAGGGUAGAGCAGAAGUUGCAGCAGGUUGAACCGAUUAGACUGCAGCCUUCCCGGCCACAGACGGAGAGAGACGAUGACUGGUUUGUGCUGUGUGAUGCUGUUCGUGAAAAGGCAGUCUUACUACCAUCAGUUACUCCUGUUGAGAUUAUUCCGGAUAUGAGGAGGACGUUUGAGACUGAGGUGUCUACCACAGAGACAGGAACAUUGAAGAAGAUGAUAAUUGGUGUGGACAGCAGGCAAGAUGAGACACGUCUGUCUGAAAUUAGACAGAUUAUACUGCCGUCAGACAGGGAAGGAGGAGAUGAUUGGUUUGUUUGGUUCGACAUCAUCCGCAGAAAGCCUGUUGUCAUACCGCCAGUUGCUGUGGUUGAGCGUGUUGUCAAAGUGCCGGCAGCCAUUGACCAAAAACCAAAAUACCUCAUGGAAGCCGUGAGGCCCCCCGUGGAGUUUGUGGAUGUUAAGACGUCACAUCCCAGACAGAUUGAUGAUGAGUGGUCUGUGCUGCUAGAUGUAGCAGCAAAAGUACCAGCUGCUGCCCCUGAGCGCCUCCACUUCCCAACAAAUGUGAGCGUUCCAAGUGCUGGGGCCAAAACAAAGACUGUGAUAUCCGAGAGGAGACCACAGUUUGAGCAACGGAUCCUGGAGGAAAGGCGUCCACACACACAAACACAUGUCAACGAUGAUUGGUUUGUUCUACUAGAUGUUGGCCGCAAACAGUCAGUGGUGGUUCCGCAGAGGGGCACCCGUCCCGUCAGUGCUCCGGUCUUCUCCCAGGCUGCUUUAGCCGAGGCAGGGAUACCCAUGGCCAUUCUGGAGCAGCCGCAGACCUCCACUCCACUCAAGACCAGCCUCAAGGAGGAAAGAAAGCUGGAGGUCACUAUAGAGGCUGCAGAGCCUUCGAAAAUCGAGGCUGAGGCUGAGGCCAAGCCAGCAGCGUGGAGGGACCAGAGAGAAGUAGACUCUUCACUGAUGGCAACCAUCAAUGGGGAUGUUCAGCACGAGUCUGAGGAGAAGAGCACGGAGGUGGUGCGAAUGCGAAAGAAAAGAGCUAAGAGAAUUGAGGGUGACUCAAUUUAUAUCAGACAUAGCCUUUUAAUGUUGGAGGAGUUCAAUAAGCCUCAGGAGGACCUGAUCAAGCAUCAUGCCAGCAUCAGCGAGCUGAAGAGGACCUUCAUGGCAUCCGCCCCAGAGAGCAAGCCCAGUGAGUGGGACAAGCGCCUGUCCACACACUCCCCGUUCCGCACCCUGGGAGUCAAUGGUCAGCCUCUGCCCAGUGCAGAUGGGAGCGUGUGCAAUAGUCUCCUUUGCAAUGGUUCAGAGACAAAGUCUGCAAAUGAGGGAACCAGCAGCAGUUUGGGCUUUUCAGGCAUAUCAAGUCAUACUGUGAGCCACAUGAGUGAGCCUGAUGGUGUCGAAGCCUGCGGCGUUCCAGUUGAGGAGGAGUCACGUGAUCAGGAAGUGGUUGUAGUUUUUGAAACCUCCUUGGUGCCAAUCAUAGAGGGGGAGAUAGCGCAGCAGCCUCCCUCCCUCGGCCCCUGCUGUAAAGCUUUAGAAAGGAUCCAGGAGGAGGAGGAAUCAUGUCCAGAAGUUUCGGAGGGCUCUGGAAAGAUAGUUGGAUGUUCCCCUGCUUCCUAUUUCAGGAACGAUGGUCCACAGGUUGUACGCUGCUUCCAGCCCCCUCUGGUGCAGACUCAGACAGUCACCAUCAACGCUGUCUCCAACUCCUCAGCCACUGGCAUCUCCACCACAGAGGUCCCUCUCGUCCAGACCAAGAGCUUCAUCUAUGAGACUUCAAAGGUUGGUGAACCGGACGAGGAAAAAGAUAGCUCAACUGUGACCAGCUCCCAGACCGUUACCUCGGAGACCAGCAGUGGAACCACGGUCACCACCACUCACAUCUCAAAGGUGGUGAAAAGUGGAUCUUCAGAGACUCGUGUGGAGAAGAGAAUCGUCAUAACUGCAGAGUCUGACUUUGACCAAGAUAAGGAGAGAGACGGCGGAGCAUCGGCAUUGUAACUGAAUCACCACCUGCGUUUAUUUCUCUUCAACUCAGACACACAGAACAGCUCAUCUGCGCGCACAUAUCCCAGGACAAAUAUCUCAUAAAUAUGCACCUACCUUCAUAGAUAAAUGAGUAGAUGCUAUCUAAGUAGAGCGUCUUUGUUUUUUCAUUUAUAUAUAGUCGGGGGGGGGCUGCACAGUGUUCAAGUUAGAUCUACGGCUUACUUAGAAAGCUAACUAUACAAUUGGUAAAGAAAAGCUCAUUUUCAGUCGAGUGAUCUCAGUUAUGUUUGCUUUUUAAAUGCUUUGUAUUCCUAGUGGUUUUCAUAUUUUUGGUUUUAUACAAAUGCACUGUUUCAAUUCUAGUUUAGACACCAUUAUCAGCAUUUAUUCCCUUGGUGAUGCUAGGGGAACGUUAAGACUACAUUCAAGGGAAUUAUUUUUGUUUACAUGUCUAUUUAAUUCAAGAGAAACAAUUGUUCAAAACAAAAUGACAUACCUCGCGUCAAUGAGUGAGCAAGACAUUCUGUGCUUAGAUGUGGACAGUUGUUCAUUGCUCAGUUACAAAACGUGAAAAACUCUUCCCUAACCAGCCAAGAACCAGCAGCCUACAUAUUAUUGUAAAGUUUUAAUCAAAAAAUGGAUAUAUUUUCAAAUAUUUCUCUAUUUUAUAGAAUUAAUGCUUUUAUAGGAUUUGUACAAAUUUGAGGUUUUUAAGUUAUUCAUCCAUCUGCUCAUGGAAGUGCAGGUUACCAUUGUGCUGUUUACUGAAUGAAUUUUGAGGUCUCUACUUAAGACCUGUCUUGCCUGAAAACCUGAAUCAUUCUUAUCCGUUUCCUCUUGUAGUCCACCAAGUUUAUCAAAUCUUUGACAAUAAGACAAUGUGUGCUUCCCUCUGCCCUUUGUUUUGUUCAGUAGCUAGAAGUCAUAUUUCUUUUAAUAUAUUUGGUUGAUAAAAGUUUUACAAGCUUUGGUCUGUUAAUCUCAGGUUUCGAUAUUCUUUGUAAGACUACAGACCUCCAUAUGAUUGUACGAGGAAUGUCCAUAUAUGUAUAUCCAUCCCUACUUUAAAUGUACAUUGAUGUUCAGCCAAGUGAGGUCAAUACAUGCAAAGCCCGUCUGCCACAGUGACCCCGCGUGGAAGAGGUGCAGGCAGCUGUCCCAGUAUAUAUGUGGUUUUUCUCUCAUAGGAGCACAAGUUGUCUUUUUUACAUGUUCUACAAUACAUUAAUUUAUUUGUAAAGUAGGAACUGUCGUGUGAUUUGAUGUACUGUGAUGUUUCAGCACAAGCUGUUUUCCAGGCUUUCACUAGCGAUGUCACAAUAUUGCAUUAAUUAUCAACCAAGUUUGUAAUGCCUUUUUACCACAUAGUCUAAGUAGAUUGCUCUCACUCGCUGUUUCCUGUGCUUUUUCAUAGAAGAAAAAAUUGCUUAAAAUAUAUGAGUCCUUUUUUUAGAUAGCAUGUUUGUUAGCCAUUUUUUUUUCUACCCAAACAUAAGCCAUUGGUAUUGUAGCUACAUGGACAACAACAGAAACCUCUCAUGGAAUAAAUGUAGAAUUUCACAUGAAGAAAAUAGUUUUUAGACAAUGGAAAAUAUUGUUGCUUUGUGACUUAUCCGUCUUUUUAUGAAAAAAUAAAAUAUGCAUAAUUUUG